UAAGGGAUCAAGGGGGAGGAGCAGGAUGAGGGCUUCCACUGAGUGUUUCUUUAGGGGAUCUCAAAAGCCCUGCCGUCUCAUUCCCGUUUAGCUCGGACUCUGCUUUCUAGAUUCGACUGGGAGCAAAGUGAAGAUGCCAGAGCCUCUAAAGAAACCAGUUUCUGCAUUUACCAAGAAGCCGAAGACAACAGAGGUGACAGCCGGAAGCACAGCUGUGUUUGAAGCAGAGACAGAAAAAGCUGGCGUCAAGGUGAAGUGGCAGCGAGCUGGCACAGAAAUUACAGACAGUGAGAAAUAUGUCAUCAAGGCAGAAGGAAACAAGCAUUCACUGACAAUCAAUAACGUAGGAAAAGAAGAUGAUGUGACAUAUGCUGUAAUAGCUGGAACUUCCAAGGUGAAGUUUGAACUCAAGGUCAAAGAACCAGAAAAGAGUGAGACAGUCACUCCUGCUGAAGCUGCGCCAGCCCCAGCUGUCCCAGAGCCGCCUGCUCCACCAGUAGAAAGCUCCCAAAAGACAGAAGCUGCACCUUCUGGCACUCAACCAGAAGAGCCUGUGGACCCUAUUGGGCUCUUUCUGCUACGACCCCAGGACGGAGAAGUUACUGUUGGUGGAAACAUCACAUUCACUGCCAAAGUAGCAGGUGAGAGCCUGCUGAAGAAACCAUCAGUGAAAUGGUUCAAAGGAAAGUGGAUGGACUUGGGAAGCAAAGUGGGGCAACACCUCCAGCUACAUGACAGUUAUGAUCGAAAUAACAAGGUGUAUACCUUUGAAAUGGAAAUCAUAGAAGCAAAUAUGACUUUUGCAGGAGGGUACAGAUGUGAGGUGGCUACCAAGGACAAAUUUGAUAGUUCUAAUUUCAACCUGACAGUCAAUGAAGCACCAAUACCUGGAGACUUGGACAUUCGUGCUGCCUUCCGACGCACGAGCCUGGCAGGAGGGGGGAGACGGAUGACUUCAGCCUUUCUCAGUACCGAGGGACAUGAAGAAGGUGGAGAGUUUAAUUUUAGUUCCUUACUGAAAAAGAGAGACAGCUUCUUGCGCUCAGUAAAUCGAGGUGAAGGAAAAUGUGAAUCACAAUCAGAUGUUGAUGUCUGGGAAAUCCUGAGGAAAGCUCCUCCUUCCGAAUACGAGAAAAUAGCUUUUCAGUAUGGUAUCACUGAUCUGCGUGGGAUGCUGAAACGCCUCAAACGCAUAAAGAAGGAAGAGAAAAAGAGUACAGCAUUCCUCAAGAAACUGGAUCCAGCUUACCAAGUGGACAAAGGGCAAAAGAUUAAAUUAAUGGUUGAAGUUGCCAACCCAGAUGCUGAUGUGAAAUGGCUGAAGAAUGGACAGGAGAUCCAAGUGAGCGGCAGCAAAUAUAUUUUUGAGGCUGUUGGGAAUAAGAGAAUACUGACCAUAAACCACUGCUCUCUGGCUGAUGAUGCAGCAUAUGAAUGUGUGGUAGGGGAGGAAAAGAGCUUCACAGAAUUAUUCGUAAAAGAACCUCCAAUCCUGAUCACUCACCCACUGGAAGAUCAGAUGGUGAUGGUUGGAGAGAGAGUGGAGUUUGAGUGCGAAGUGUCUGAGGAAGGAGCUACUGUGAAAUGGGAAAAGGACGGAGUUGAGCUGACACGGGAAGAAACAUUCAAAUACCGAUUCAAGAAAGAUGGAAAAAAGCAGUAUCUAAUUAUUAAUGAGUCAACCAAGGAGGACAGUGGACACUACACUGUGAAGACCAAUGGUGGGGUAUCAGUCGCUGAACUCAUUGUGCAAGAGAAAAAGCUGGAGGUUUAUCAGAGCAUUGCGGACCUGACAGUGAAGGCACGUGACCAGGCAGUCUUCAAGUGUGAAGUUUCUGAUGAAAACGUGAAAGGAAUCUGGUUGAAAAACGGAAAGGAGGUGGUCCCAAAUGAAAGGAUAAAGAUCUCCCAUAUUGGCAGAAUCCAUAAGCUAACUAUUGAGGAUGUAACACCAGAUGACGAGGCUGAUUAUUCCUUCAUCCCUCAGGGAUUUGCUUACAACCUUUCUGCCAAGCUUCAGUUUUUGGAGGUCAAGAUUGAUUUUGUACCAAGAGAAGAACCUCCCAAAAUCCAUCUUGACUGUCUGGGCCAAUCCCCUGACACCAUUGUUGUGGUGGCUGGGAACAAACUGAGAUUGGAUGUUCCCAUAUCAGGAGAUCCAACACCCACUGUCAUCUGGCAGAAAGUAAACAAGAAAACUGACCUUGUUCGAAGCAAUGAUGAUUCCAUGACUCCCUCAGAAAAUGGCAGUGAUUUAAAUAUUGAUAGUAAGCUUCUGUUUGAAUCUGAAGGCAGAGUUCGUGUGGAGAUGCAUGAAGACCACUGUGUCUUCAUCAUUGAAGGAGCAGAAAAGGAGGAUGAGGGAGUAUACAGAGUUACAGUUAAGAAUCCAGUGGGAGAAGAUAAGGCUGAUAUCACCGUCAAAGUUAUUGAUGUUCCUGACCCUCCAGAAGCUCCCAAAAUCAGCAACAUUGGGGAAGAUUACUGUACUGUGCAGUGGCAACCUCCUAAAUACGAUGGUGGGCAACCUGUGCUUGGCUACAUUUUAGAGAGAAAGAAAAAGAAGAGCUAUCGAUGGAUGAGACUGAACUUUGACCUUUUAAAAGAGCUAACCUAUGAAGCCAAGCGAAUGAUUGAAGGAGUAGUUUAUGAGAUGCGGAUUUAUGCUGUGAAUUCUAUUGGCAUGUCCCGGCCGAGCCCUGCCUCACAACCCUUCAUGCCAAUUGCUCCUCCAAGUGAACCAACCCACUUCACAGUGGAAGACGUUUCUGACAACACUGUUACCUUGAAAUGGAGACCCCCUGAGCGGAUUGGAGCUGGGGGAUUAGAUGGUUAUAUUGUGGAAUAUUGCAAAGAUGGAUCUACAGAAUGGAUUCCAGCUCUUCCUGGCCUUACUGAGCGCACAUCUGCAAUGAUUAAAGACCUGGUCACAGGGGACAAACUUCACUUCCGUAUCAAGGCUAUAAACCUGGCUGGUGAGAGUGGAGCAGCAAUAAUCAAAGAGCCCGUUACUGUUCAAGAGAUCCUGCAGCGUCCCAAAAUCUGGUUGCCACGCCACCUCAGACAGACUCUGGUGAAGAAAGUGGGUGAAACAAUCAAUAUCGUGAUUCCUUUCCAGGGUAAACCAAGACCCAAAAUCAUUUGGAUGAAAGAUGGUCAAACUCUAGACUCCAAAGAUGUGGGAAUUCGGAACAGCAACACGGACACAAUCCUUUUCAUCAGGAAAGCAGAGCUUCAUCACUCAGGAGCGUAUGAAAUCACUCUUCAGAUAGAAAACAUGACUGAUAAAGUUGCAAUAACAAUACAAAUCAUAGAUAAGCCUGGUCCUCCUCAGAAUAUAAAGCUUGUAGAUGUUUGGGGAUUUAAUGCAGCCCUGGAGUGGACACCUCCACAAGACGACGGCAAUGCACAGAUUUUGGGCUACACAGUCCAGAAAGCUGACAAAAAGGCAAUGGAAUGGUAUACUGUUUUUGAUCACUAUCGUCGCACAAACUGUGUAGUGUCAGACCUGAUUAUGGGAAAUGAGUAUUUUUUUCGAGUCUUCAGUGAAAAUUUGUGUGGAUUGAGUGAAACUGCUGCAACAACCAAAAAUCCUGCCUAUAUCCAAAAAACAGGCACCACUUACAAGCCACCUAGUUACAAAGAACAUGACUUCUCCGAACCUCCUAAAUUCACUCACCCUUUAGUAAACCGCUCUGUGAUUGCAGGAUACAACACCACGCUCAGCUGUGCCGUAAGAGGAAUCCCCAAGCCAAAGAUAUUCUGGUACAAAAACAAAAUGGAUCUCUCUGGGGACGCCAAAUACCGCAUGUUCAGUAAACAGGGUGUGUUGACCCUGGAGAUCCGGAAACCCACUCCAUUUGACGGUGGCUGUUACACCUGCAAAGCUGUUAAUGAGUGUGGUGAAGCUGAAAUAGAAUGCAGACUGGAUGUCAGAGCACCUCAGUAAAGUUCUGAAUUUCAACUCAACUGCAAGUCAAGGACUGGAAUGGAACUUGAAAAGAAGAAAAUUGAAGAAAUUAAUGAAGAAAAAAUUUAGUUACAUUUAGGAGUCCUGCUCAUCUUAAACGUCACUUAAUAUACGUGUACUAGGAGGCAGCAGUGUCUUGUAGUGUCCUGCUUACUCUGCAUAUUUUCAGACAGUAUUUCCUCUUUUCAUACAUCUGUUUUAGUUACAUUACUCCCAUCACCAUGUGAAGAAAUUUAGGGAAAUCAAGAUAAAACAUUACAUAAAUGUGUCUGAAAAAAAACGAGUUCUACAGUUAUGCGCAAACCCAGUCUGUUCCUGAUGUCUGAACAAACAUAAAUUCCCCACUGCUACAGUUCUCCCCAUUUUCUCUUCUCAGAAUUUCUUCAUAAGAAACAAGUACUUCAGAAUAAUGAAACACCAAAAUUAUUUGUAAUUUUAAAAUCGCCUUUCAUUAUACUCAUCUCUGCACAAUAGAAAGUAACUUUCAUUCCUACUACUUUUACUAUCAGUGCUUGAAAUACCCACCUUUGUGUUCUUGAGAUCUUUGCAGAAACACAUUCAAAACACAUCUCUUUGGAAUCUCUGGCUAAAGCUACUGUUCUGCUUUAUACAGAAAAUAGUUUCUUUGAUAUUUACUCACUACAGGCUUUUCUAGCUUUUAAACUGACACAACCAUAGACUUCCAGUUAUUAGAUGUUUAUGCAACCAAUCAUAGACAUCACACUAAUCUACAGAUACAAUCUUGUACAGCAGAUGAAAGAGUGAAAGAUGUAGGCAGGAAGAUUAUUUGCACAUAAAUAAAAAUGUUCAAAACAAAAAGCUUGUGAUGAAUGCAGUAACUUACUUUCAUUAAAUGUUACUGAAGGCUUUUGAUAGUCUAUGAAUGGUAUGUAUAUAUUUUGCAGAUAAUUUUGUCUAAUUGACUGACACAACAGCAUUUCUGGCUUUUCACCUACUAGUUUGAAUAGUAUUGGGAGGUGGGUUUGGACCUGCAGUAGCUGUUAGUAGUUUCUGGCUGGAAAGUACUUUCGUAGUAGUUUCGUGAUCACAGUACAAGAGAAGGUGGGACGAUGAAAUUAAUUCAGGAAGCAUUGCCUUUUGGAAGGAUCAACACAAAGGAACUAAGUAAUACUACUCCCCUGCCUCCAACAUGCCAGUUGAGAAGGCAAAGCAUGUCUGACCCAGCACAUUAGCUGUACUAAACAAGCAAAUAUGUCUUCAUAAUAAAAACACUGAUGAUAGUGAGAUGUGUAUUUUGAUUAUUUUGUUAUGGUAUCAGAACAAAGACAGGUACUCCUCUAAAACCAAAGUCAAUUUAUCCAAAGUUAACACUUGUCUGUUGCACAUUAUUAUUCAAUAAAUAAAUAAAAAGCCAUGAAAAAUA